UCGUACUACAUCUUAGAAAUUCAGACAGAGAGAUGGUACUAAUAUAUCUUUAUCUUUUUAUCUUUUCUUCACCGACCCAUAAAAUUUUACUGUCACGACGACACCAUACGGCAAUCCAACCGGUGGAUAUGAUUGGAUCCAGUGUCGCCCAUGUGUGGUGUGUGGUUGACAAACAAACUUGACGGCUGUUUUCUGCAAGUGCCCUACUCGAACUCUUCCUCUUAAAUAGGCCAAACAGUCUAAAGAGCACUCGAGUGUCACAUUACAAAAAAAUACACUGUCAAACUUUUCUAUUUUCCACCACAUCUUUCAAAUCCGCUUUUUUUUUCUAAAAAAAAAAAUCCAAUUUUCAAACAUUCGUCCCUCGUUUUUCCACGUUGUACCCUUACCUAACUUCAGCACCCACAAUUCCGGCACCAUGGCGGUAGACGAUCCCUUGGAUAUAUCCAAUGGCACCUGCUAUUACGCCGUCAACACGGAAGCCAAUAAGGAUUAUAUCCCUUGCGGUAAUGUCGACGUCGGUUUAGACUGGCACUGCUGCGUUGCUGGCGAUAUCUGCCUGGAGGACAGUGCAUGCUACCAUAAGAACUAUGGUAUCACCUACCUAGCCGGCUGCACCGACCAAAAAUACGGUGCGCCCAGUUGUCCGUACAAGGGAAAGUACGGCAGCCAGCAGUGGACGGGAUUACAGCGCUGUGAUGACAAUCCUGAUCUUGACGACGGCGACGAUAUAUGGGCGGCGUGCAAAGAAACUGGCGACGUACCAGGCUCGAAGCCGCCUGCUCGUUGCACAUGCUUCAGCGACACUCAAGUCAUCUCUGACAAGCCGAAGCUCGACAAUGUCGCGCUACUUCCGACGAGCCUGGGCGGACCUAUCUCCUGGUACGAUGGCAAGAAGCCAUCUAUAGAUCCAAAUCCGGUGACCACCACAAUAACGGUGCCCAAGUCUGUGAAGACUGUGACAUCAUCAGUGACAUUGACGUCUUCAACAUCAUCCAUCACAUCAUCCAUCACAUCGUCCUCAGACUCAUCAAGCGACUCAUCAAGCACCCCUACGCCGGUAGACUUAGGACCAGGCGACGCCAGCCCCGUCACACCUCCCACCGACGCACCCAACGCAUCUACAAACACCAGCACAGGCCCGACCCUCUCCACAGCAGCACAAGCCGGCAUCGGCGUCGGCGCGGGUGUCGGCGCCCUAUUGAUCGGGUGUCUCAUAUACCUAGCGCUCCUACUCCGCAAGCGCCGCAAAGCGAAGACUCACAGCUCCAGUCUCGACUCCAAAUCCACGGCACGACAGGAUCUCCCCAGCACCGACAACCCGCCGAGCUCCCUCGCAGCAGCAGCACCGCCGUUCCCAACUAACGGCCAGACGCACCCCAGCUUCCAGUCGGAGCUCGCGGCCGACGAGCCCAAGAGCGCAGUCACCACUACCACCACCACCACAACGCCACCUGCCCCGUACUCCCCCUCCGCAGCCUCGAUCCCGUUCUCGCCCACCGCGGCCUCCUUCUCCUCCCAGCAGAAGCAGUACACGGCGUACAACCCGACGCUGCACGGGAACUACGCCGAGAAGCGCGAGGCGGGGGGCCAGAUGCCCGUUUCGCCGAUGAGUCCGGAGCCGCAGGCGAGUCCCGCGAAGGAGGAGGAAGUGCCUGUGGUGCAUAUUCACGAGUUGGAGGGUUAAGAGGGGGGUUUUAGGAAGGGAAUGAAUGAGUGUAAUAAAGGAGGGAAGGGAAGGGAGAAGCGAAAACUACCGAAGCGUUAUCUGGAGUUAGGGGUUGUGUGAUACUAAAAAAAAAACCAAAAAAAAAAACAAAGGAAAUAUGAUUGGCUCCGUUUAAGCAAGCGUUUAUUGCAUCGGCUCGGUAUUGAGGGCGUGUACCUUAGGACGGACAGACGGCGUAGUUGUCGUUGGAGGGUGAGGGUGAGGGUGACAAUGGAUGAUACG